AUGACGAGUUUUCUGACAUGGGUUCUCUUUUUGACUACAUUUCUGAUGUCGGAAAUUCGGUUGAACUUUGGGCGCGCCCUCUAUAACCGUCGAGUAUGCAGGCCCCAAAUGAUGCAUGACGAUUUGCCGGUCAUCCUAUCAAAGUUCAAGGUCUGGCCCGGAUAUUAUGUAUCAUGUGAUGAGUUCGUCACGUUCAUUGGAGUCGGACCGACGCCGAAGUACGACACGACAUCCCCGGCACAAGUUACGAGUGAUGAGUGCCCUGUUACCCAUCCGAAGCACUUCGCCGAAGUUCCAAAUGUUGACAAAAAAACAAGAACAUCCGUCACCUGUGCUUAUCUAACUUCCAAGUCAAGUUUCAUUAGUACAUACACCCUGCACCGCACCAAACUCUACACCAAACUCUACUGGUCCGCCGCUUUCAUUGCCCUCGUCCUUCUCCGGCGAUUGAAGCACGCCGACAACGCCGGACAGACCGCCACCGAGUUAUUCAACAUCGAUGUCUCUGGCCUCAACCGCAUCUUCCCCAGAUAUGGAGGAUUGUACUGCUCGUAUCAACGUCGCCAAGUGUUGCAAGAACACGACCCUGCGCCGGUACCACCCCCAUCACAUCAUCCUUGCACUCGCGAACAGCAACAAAUUAGACACGUUGUCCGUUUCAGGAUUCUUUCUUGA